AUGUCAAAGCCUGUAGAUCAUAUCAAGAGGCCAAUGAAUGCGUUCAUGGUCUGGUCCCGCGGCCAGAGGAGGAAAAUGGCACAAGAGAAUCCCAAAAUGCAUAACUCAGAAAUCAGCAAAAGACUUGGCGCGGAGUGGAAGCUGCUCUCUGAAUCCGAAAAGCGUCCUUACAUCGACGAAGCGAAGAGGCUGCGAGCACAGCACAUGAAAGAACAUCCAGACUAUAAAUACAGACCCAGACGUAAACCCAAGAAUCUACUGAAGAAGGACAGGUAUGUGUUCCCUUUGCCUUACCUUGGGGACACGGAUCACUUGAAAGGACUCUCAGCCUCGGACUCUCUGUUGAGCGCAUCAGAGAAAGUCAGGGCAUUCAUGCCCCCGACCUCGGUACCUUACUCGUUCCUCGACCCGAGCCAGUUCACCUCCAGCGCUAUCCAGAAGAUGACAGAGAUGCCCCACACCAUGACCACCAGCAGUUUGGGUUACGGCUCGUUGGGAUACCAGAACGGCGCCUUCGGCAGUUUGGGUUGCCCCAGCCAGCACACCCACACCCACCCGUCGCCCACAAACCCGGGGUACGUGGUUCCGUGUAACUGUACCGCCUGGUCGGCGUCGAGUUUACAGCCCCCGGUUGCCUACAUACUUUUUCCAGGUAUGACCAAGAGUGGGAUAGACCCAUAUUCAUCAACACAUGCCACUGCUAUGUAA